AGUCAAUGACUUCUGGACGAUGACAGAUAAGCUUCGAAGACCACACUGAGAACAAAUACGGAAGUACACAUUCUUUAGUGACUAGGAAAUGACGUCUUCGUAUACCGGUAGGACUGAGGUCGCGCUUAUAGGUAUGCUUUGCAGUGCAGAGGUUGGAGACUGUCACCGACGUAAACAGAGAGUUGAGUUGAUACCAGAUGUGUUGCUGUGAGAUUAUCUUGACAGGGUGGUAACUUUCCAUAAAACAAAACAUGGCUUUCAGUAAAGGAUAUCGCAUUUAUCACAAACUAGAUCCUCCUCCCUACAGUGUCAUAGUGGAAACCAGAAACAGAGAGGAAUGUCUGCUAUUCGAGUCUGGUGCAGUAGCUGUUCUCUCAUCUGCAGAAAAAGAAGCAAUUAAAAACAUGUAUUCAAAACUAUUAGAUGCUUAUGGGAUGCUAGGAGUACUGAGACUGAACCUUGGAGAGAACAUGUUACAUUAUCUGGUGCUGGUUACAGGCUGCAUGUCAGUAGGAAAGAUACAAGACUCCGAAGUUUUUAGAGUCACUUCCACGGAUCUAGUGUCUUUGCGAGGUGAUCCUUCUGAUGAAGACCGUAUUUCAGAAGUGCGCAAAGUUUUGAAUUCAGGAAAUUUUUAUUUUGCCUGGUCUGCUACAGGGAUCAGUCUGGACCUAAGUCUAAAUGCUCAUCGCAGAAUGCAGGAGCACACCACAGAUAACCGUUUUUUCUGGAACCAGUCAUUGCACUUGCAUUUGAAGCAUUAUGGUGUCAACUGUGACGAGUGGCUUCUGCGUCUGAUGUGUGGAGGGGUGGAGAUAAGGACCAUUUAUGCAGCUCACAAACAAGCCAAGGCCUGCAUCUUUUCACGGCUGAGUUGUGAAAGAGCUGGGACCAGAUUUAAUGUGCGUGGAACAAAUGAUAAUGGCCAAGUUGCUAAUUUUGUUGAAACUGAACAGGUAAUUUUUCUGGAUGAUUCAGUAGUCUCCUUUAUACAGAUCCGAGGAUCUGUCCCUUUGUUUUGGGAACAACCUGGACUUCAGGUUGGCUCACAUCGUGUAAGAAUGUCCAGGGGGUUUGAAGCCAAUGCACCAGCAUUUGACAGACAUUUUAGAACACUGAAAAAGCUGUAUGGAAAACAAAUUAUUGUAAAUCUUCUUGGUGCCAAGGAAGGAGAAAAUAUGCUAAGCAAAGCAUUCCAGAGUCAUUUGAAGGCUUCUGACCACUAUACAGAUAUUCCAAUGAUCAAUUUUGAUUAUCACCAGAUGGUAAGAGGGGGUAAAGUAGAAAAGCUUCACAGUGUGCUGAUGCCUCAAGUCCAAAAGUUCUUGGCAGAGUGUGGAUUUUUUUAUGCUAACGAAAAUGGUGUUCAGAGACUUCAGAGUGGCACCAAUCGAACCAACUGCUUGGAUUGCCUUGAUCGAACUAACAGCGUGCAGGCUUUCUUUGGACUAGAGAUUUUAAUAAAGCAGCUGGAGUGUCUAGGAUUAACAGAGAAGCCACAAUUAGUAACACGGUUUCAGGAAGUUUUCCGUUCCAUGUGGUCUUUGAAUGGUGACUCCAUCAGUAAAAUCUAUGCAGGCACUGGUGCAUUGGAAGGAAAAGCAAAGCUAAAAGACGGAGCACGAUCUGUGACAAGAACUAUCCAGAAUAACUUUUUUGACAGCUCUAAGCAAGAGGCUAUUGAUAUUUUAUUACUUGGAAACACCCUAAAUAGUGACUUAGCUGAUAAAGCACGUUCUUUGCUAACUACUGGCAAUCUGCAUGUGUCUGAGUUAACUCUGCAGUCAGCAUCACCACGUGUGUUGAAGGCUAUGUGUGAAAAAUUUUAUGAUUACUCAAAACCAAAGCGAAUUCGAGUUUGUGUUGGUACGUGGAAUGUUAAUGGUGGAAAGCAGUUUCGAAGCAUUGCUUUUAGGAACCAGACACUCACCGACUGGCUGUUGGAUGCACCAAAGUUAGCAGGAGUCACGGCUUUUCAAGACAAGAAAAGUAAACCUUAUGAUAUAUUUGCCAUUGGAUUUGAAGAAAUGGUGGAGCUCAAUGCUGGUAAUAUUGUUAAUGCAAGUACUACCAACCAGAAGCUGUGGGCCACUGAACUGCAGAAGGCUGUUUCCAGAGAUUGCAAGUAUGUGUUGUUGGCAUCUGAGCAAUUAGUGGGGGUCUGCCUGUUUGUCUUCAUCAGACCACAACAUGCACCAUAUAUAAGAGAUGUGGCUGUUGACACUGUGAAGACAGGUAUGGGAGGAGCUACAGGCAAUAAAGGUGCUGUGUCCAUUCGGAUGCUUUUUCACACAACUAGUCUUUGUUUUGUAUGUGCCCAUUUUGCUGCUGGUCAGUCACAAGUCAAAGAGAGAAAUGAAGAUUACAUGGAGAUAGUUCGUAAACUCAGUUUUCCUAUGGGCAGAACAUUAUUUUCUCACGAUUAUGUCUUUUGGUGUGGUGACUUUAAUUAUCGUAUUGAUCUCCCAAAUGAAGAGGUGAAAGAAUUAAUCCGGCAGCAGAACUUUGAUGGCCUUAUUGCUGGAGAUCAGCUUGUCAAUCAGAAAAAUGUUGGACAGAUUUUUAGAGGAUUUCUAGAAGGCAAAUUGAAUUUUGCUCCUACAUAUAAAUAUGACUUGUUUUCUGAUGAUUAUGACACCAGUGAAAAAUGCCGCACCCCGGCAUGGACUGAUCGUGUGCUAUGGAGAAGAAGAAAAUGGCCAUUUGACAAAUCAGCUGAAGAACUAGACUUGUUGAAUGCAAGUGAUGGCAGCACCCUGACAUACACCUGGAAUCCUGGCACCCUUGUACAUUAUGGAAGAGCAGAACUCAAAACUUCAGAUCAUAGACCCGUUGUUGCUGUUUUGGAUGUAGAUAUAUUUGAAGUUGACCCAGAAGCGAGACAGAAGAUUUACAAAGAAGCAAUUGCAUUACAGGGACCACCUGAUGGAACUGUGGUUGUCUCUUUAAGUGGUUUAUCCCCUGAAGGGAACUGCUUUGAUGAUGAUUUAAUUGAUCACCUUCUUCAACAAUUUGCAGUUUAUGGAGAAGUCAUACUGAUAAGGUUUGUAGAAUCAAGAAUGUGGGUGACAUUCCUUGAAGGAAGCUCUGCUUUGGGAGCAGUGAGUUUAAAUGGAUCAGAGAUACUUGGGAGGGCUGUAAAUAUUAAUCUUAAAACACCCGAAUGGAUUAGUCAUUUGGAAGAAGAGAUGAAUCUUGACAGCAUCAGUAUUGGUAUGCCAUCCUCAACCAGUUCGACUCUGCUUGGAGAAGAUGCAGAAAUUGCAGCGGAUUAUGACAUGGAAGGAGACAUAGAUGACUACAGUGCAGAAGUUGAGGAAAUCCUUCCCCAGCACCUACAACUGACUAUUGGUCCAUGUCCUGGUACCUCUCCGUCAUCUUCUCCUCGAUCUAGCCCCUGUCCAUCACCCACAAUGCCUGACAUUCCUCCACCUUCCCUUCCAAGUAGACCAGCCAGAGCACCAUCAGCAAAAGCUCCAGGUCCUCCUCCUUCACAAGGUUCUCCAGUGGAUAUUCAACCUGUAGUGCAGCAGAAAGAAGCUAGUCGAACAUUAGAGCCCAAGCGUCCCCCUCCUCCUCGUCCUGGUGCACCACCUGUUCGUCCUGCUCCUCCUCAGAGACCACCACCCCCUUCAGGGGCUAGAAGUCCAGCAGCAAGUAGGAAAGAAUUUGAAGGAGCUCCUCCCAGUCCAGGCAUAAUAAAGAAGGAGAUAGAAGCUCCAAAAAGCCCAGGACUAGCAAGAAAAGAAUUAGAAGUACGAAGCCAAGCUGCUCCUCCUUUGGGAUUUGCAAGUACAGCAACUAGUGCUGCAGUUCGGCCAAGCAUUCCACCAAGAGCAGGUGUUAUUAGUAUACCACAAAGCCUUGUCAGGCCACCGGCAAUGAAGCCAACACCAGAAACAGUAAGCAAACAACAACCAGAGCUUGCAAAAGGACCUGUCUUACUACCUGAACCUCUGAAGCCUCAGAGUGUGAGCCCUUUUCAACCUAUUCCUCCUCCUCCAACAACACCUAGACUAAGUGAACCUUUCAAACCUGUGGCACCGGCUCCGUCAACUCAGACGUCAUUGCUGCCAAACUUAGAACUUCCACCUCAGAGGCCUCCUCGUAGCAAAUCUGCCCAGCAGUUGUCCUCUCAGUCAGUUUCUGCACAGCAGCAAGGAAAAACAAAUGGAAUUUAUGGCGCUAGAACACAGAAUAUAUUAGAUGACCCUUUUGAAGAAGUUUCAUUUGACUUCCAGAAAUCCAGGCCAGCAAUCCAUACAUCAAGUGGAAGAACUAUGCUGCAGUCAUCACAUGCUCAUACAUUUCCUAAUUCAGUGGUAAAACGACCAAAACCACUGCAAAAAGCAUCGACACUGGAAAGAUGUUGGAAUAAUAAGGAAACUGACAACUGCAUGCCAACAGUACUCCAACAGUGUAGUUCUCAAGAAAGACUUCGUUCCUCUCCUAACCCUUUUGUAAAAGAAGCAAAGAUGUUAGGCUGUAACCCCUUUAAUGAAAAACCUGUUUCUAGCCCAUUUGGGCCUAUACAUUCACAGCCUGAACAGUCUGUUUCUAAUCCAUUUAGAACUGUACGUUCAGAAUCUGAAUUGGUGACCAGUAUUAAUACACAGAGCUCAUUUUCUGCUAAUCCAUUUACCUCUUCAUUACCCUCUGAGUUUUCCAAAGACAGGGUAACAUUUUCUGUUGAACCAGAGGCUAACACAUCAUCCUUUCAAGAAAAUCCUUUUGCAUGUGAAAAUGCAAAAUACAAAGGUUGGGUAACCUUUGAUGAUGAUAGCUUCAGUGAAAAGCUAAAAAGGAAAAAUGUAAACUCCCUGCAGGUCAGCAGCUUUGAUUCAAUAAGUUUCUCAGCGCAACAGGAUUCUGGAAAGAAUGCAUUUUCUUGUAUGGAUUUACCUUUGGGAAGUGACUGGAGGAUUAAUGCCCCUGCUUCGAUUCCUAUAGUAACAACUCAAAGACCUCCAGUACCAGCAAGAUUAAACACAGGCCAACCUAUAACAUCUUUGACGUAUGCUCCUUCACCAGAACAAGAGUUUACAGAGCGAUAGAAAUUAUUUAAAAUGCAAAAUGCUUUUGAAGACGUUUUGAUUUAAAAUGUACAGAAAUGGGCUUUAAAUGUGCAAUAUUUUGCUUCUUUGUAACAGAGCUUUAUACUUGAAGACUAGUGAUAACCAUUUGCUUAUCUGUUCUGCAAGUAUACGUACAGUGAAUUGUAAAAAAAAAAAAAACGUUUCUAGGAAAGAAGUGUUUAUUAUUAAUGUAUCUCACCCUCAGUCAUAUAGGUGGAAAAGUUUCUGGAACUGCACUUUUUAUUUAGACUGGGCAGCAGCAGCAUGAUCCAAAAAGCACUUAAUGUUUUUUUUUUAGGACUUUUCUAGCAGUGGCAAUAAUUUUAAUGCUAGCAAAUCACAUGAGAUAGUAUUUUGUCUGGGGAGAGUAGCUUUUUUUUUUUUUUUAAUGCUUAUAUGUUGGAGUAGCCGUACAGCCUAGUAUUACCGUUAGCCGGCAUAACAUUCUUGAGACAGAUGAUGUUUGAGUAUUCCAUCCAGUGAAUGAAAGGGAUUGCAAUUAAUGCCAGUGCACUGCCAGACAGAUUUUUGUCCAUCUUUCCAGUCUGUUGUCUUUGCCUUUUUAUCUGUAGAUUUUUUACUGUACAUCUUUUAAGAGAAGACCUACCAAAUAUCAUUAGACUUAAUUUCAGUUUUACUUUUUACAUUAGAAAAAUUUAUUGGAUAUAGAAGUCAUCAGAUAACAAACAAAAGGGAAAGAUUGGGCAUUAAUGUUAUUGUAUAGUAGUUGGGAUUUUUAAAAAAUUUUGAAACUGAGUCUGUGGACUUAAGAUAGACAACCUUCUGUGCAUCAGUCAGAUGUUACAAAGUCCUAAAAGAAUGGUAUGGUUGGCAGACUAAUGAUACUAGUUAGCUGUCUGAAAGGGCUAGCAAAAGGAAAAAAAAGACUAUCUUUGUGUCUCAUAUAAGUUGUACUACCACACAAUAACAGCUUAAAAAGCCAAAAGGCCUUGUAUUCACAGAAUGUGAAUUCUAAUUUCAGUUGCCCCAGGUGACUCUCCUUCAUGUAUGCCUUGAAAUCACAUUACUAGCGGAAAUGUGAUGUCACUGUUCCCCCUUGCUAACAUAUAUGGUCUGUCUGGUUUCUACUUGUGUAACUAUUGGGGAAAAUACAGAUUUCAUGGCCAUGACAUGAACUUGCAGCUGCACAUUUAAUGUGGUCUCUACAGAAGUUUUUUGUGCCAGUAAUAUAGUUGUACAGGAGCUCUUCAUUUGCAAAAGAAACAGUAAGCCAAGUGAAGCAUUCUUGUACAGCCCCACAGCAGUGAGGAUAAUGGUUUUACUCAUUUUCACUGCCAAAAAUAUCCAUGAUGGUUUGCACAGUUCUGUGUGAACAGGUACUGUGCACAUUUCAUUUUUACUUAAAAAAUGAAUGACAUGCUACUGAUAUCCUUCAGAUAUUCUUUUCCUUUUUUACAUUCACCAUCCCAUGAACUUCCAGUGUAAACUGUGUCACAACCUUCACUCGUUUAGGCACCUUACCUGCAGAGAACCAUCUUCUCAUGCAGCUGAAAUUGAAGAAGCGAGGCGUGUGCAUUUGGUGUAUAUGCAGUAGGUUCAGAAAAUGUGUGUAAUAGAUAGCUAUGGCAGAAAUUGAAACAAUCAUUUUAGCACAUGCUGGUGUUGUAUGUUGUUCCAAGACUGCUGCGUCACUCAAAUUUGUUUGUGUCAUUUUUGUUAUACUCCAGAAAUAGUGUUUGAGUGAUCAUUCUGAUGUGAUUUUGUUUUUAGCCGAAGUAUUGACACAAUCAAAUUUUACUUGCCUCCAGUAUGGUGAUACUUUACCUUUCCUUCGUAUCCAUUGCUCUGUCCCCUAUGACAUAUCUACAAUAACCUGAACCUGUCACUUUUGUACGGAGUUAAGACACUUCUCAGUAGUUUUUAAUGACACACACUGGAUUUUUUUGUUAAUUUUAGGUUUAUAGACAUAGCCUUAUGAAGCUGUUCUUCAUCUAGCAAAAAGCAGUGACUAAUUUCUUGCUUUUGUAAGGAAGCAUUCGCAUGUGCACAAAACAAUGCAGAGAGGAUGUGGAAAUAUUAAAAAAAAACAAGCAAAUUAAUGAUUUUUACAUGUUAAAUCAAUAAAGUGAUCAUAAAACUCUUGGCGCUUGCAACUAUAAAGAUUAUUUAAAAAACUACUGCAUGUUGUCUCAGAAAAGCUUAGCUUCAGGUUACUGUAGUUCAGUCAGAGGAGACUGGACACUUAAGGAAAAGAAAAGACAACUGCAUCAUGAUGUUGUGUUGUAUUGCAGGACUAAAAAAUCCUGAGCUGAAAACAAAAUCAUGUCAGAGUUUAGUUUGGUUUAGUUUAUGUGUCAACCAGCUGCAUUCUUCUCAGACUAAUGGCACUGGAGCUGUACAGUUCAGAGUAACCAAUUCAGCUAGCAUCUUUUUGAGAUAUGAAGAAAACCCGUGUGCACACAUUCAGAACAUGCAGAACCCACCAUUACAGUGACUAGAGAUUAAGACUGAACCCUGGACUAUGGAACAGUGAGGCAGUAGCUUUACCCAUGGAGCCACUACACUGCCCUUAGCUGUUCACAGCACAGCAUUUUAAGGUAGAAAAGAAAGCUAAUAUUACUCAUUUACACUAAUGCUGGGGACAUUAAUCAGUGUAUCAUAAAAACUUGUUUAUUCAGCCUCUGCUCAUAUUUGGCCUGCAACAGCUUUCUUCUCUUUGCAUUCCUGUUGAUCAUUAAAAGUCUGUUGAAUUAAAUUCUCCAGUCAUUGUUGCAAGAGCAGUAGUUUUGACUGUAAGAUCAGUUUAUGGCCCAGAUUUUUUUCAGCUUCUACCCAUAGUUAUGCUUAACAACAUUUGUUGCUCUAUAGUUCCACUGACUAUUAAAAUAUGUUGUGAAAUUCAGGAUAUUUAUAAAUACUACACAGUACUUCUGUCAAACAGCGCUGGUAACAAAUUUGAGUUAUGUCAUCAGUAGUGGUCUGUUUUAUAAGACUGCUUGGAGUAAAAGAAGUCAGUAUCCUGUAAAACCUUGAAAACGCAAGAAGAUUGUAAAAAGUAAUUUUAUAUAUGUUUAUUUUUCAUCUUUCUGAUAGAAUUUUAGCCAAAACAUUACCAUGCUCUUCACCAACUUAUUUCUGACCAGCAUUGCUGCUGCUGCUACUUUAAUUGAGCACUUAGAUUUGGUGCGAAGUAUAUUCAUAUAUGUUUUUUGUUUACAUUAUUUCUAAAUAGUUACUAUAACUAUACUUGUUUGGCUGUUGUGGCUGACCAUCAGCUUCCCCCCAGAUUCCUAUGUCCUGUCUUCAUUCACCUGGUCUGCCAGCCCCUUCUUGUUCCAGGGUUGAUGAAGAGAUUGAGGGUUCUGGGGCAGGAUCAUACUGCUGCUAGGAGUGGGUGUUUUACACACACUCAUGGUGUAUCAUCCCACAUCACUGGUGACUCGACCAAUGCCUCUGCCAUUCCUAGGACUAUGCAUGUCUCCAACAUCUGCUGGAGAUCAUCUGAGGGGUGAGCACUAGCCUUGAAUCAUUAAAAGAGUUUAUCAAAUGGUUAUUGAGUGUUGUGAUGUCUUAGAAAAAUCAGUAUUUUUUUCUUGGCAGUUAAUAUCUUGUGUUAGGAUGUUGCAAGUAUACACGGCACUUGUGUUUCGUGAAGAUUAUAUUUCAUUGAGAACCAUUCUUGGGUCAGUUGCCAUGUGGUAUGAUGGCUUACUCUCCUGAAGGCACUUACUGUUUGUUUUGCAUGAAACUACUUGUGUCUCUGCAUAAUUUAUUAGGUUGGGUAGUGCAUUAAACAGUAUCUCUGCUGAUUGACUUGUUUUAAAUAAGACAGAAUUUAGAGCAUUUUACUAGAGCAAUGUGUAUUUUUUUCAACCAUCUUCAGAAUUUGGCUGUUGUUGUUAUUUGCACAGCAUCUAUGUCUGAUCUUUGCAUACAGUUACCUGAUGCCGCAGAUUAUAUCUUGAUUCUGAAGUCCUCCAUGAUAUUUGGUCUUAAUUGUCCUCAGUCAAAGGACCUUUAUAAUUUCCCAUGUCUGUGAGGUAUGGUUUUGUUUACUUCUUUGGAUUCUCUCCUAGAUCUUCCUGCAAUAAAGGCUUGCAUCAAAACAAGAGAGUGCAGUAAUAUUAGGUACUUGGCAUAAUGGUCGUUCAUCAGAGUAACAUCUAACAAGUAGUAGCUUUUGCAUUGCAGUGUCCUGUAGAAACUAACCAGUCUAGGAGUUGCCUAAAUUGAUGGUAGAAAUGUAGACCUUAUACACUGUCAUACUCAUGAUUUGUGAUGCUAUUUAGUGAACAAUGUUUUGAUGUGCCAGAUAUAAGAAACAUUAGUUCUAAACAUGUUACAAACUGCACGUGUGUGGUGAUUACCUCAUGGAAAUGACUUUUCUCACCCUGGUGAGAAGGCACCUGAAUGUUUUAGGUGGUGCUUCAUGUAUUAAAAUGUUUAUAUAUAGAUGUUGCCUGGUAGCAAAGUCCAGCAAGAGCAGUCUGCUCAGACAUGUGCUUAUUCAUUGCUAUGUUUUAAUAUACAACUAAACUGAAUAUACAUGUAUACACAGUAUGUGUAUUAGGAAACUGCUAAAGAUAUAUUCCCUUCUUUAACUCUUCAAAUGUUACUUUCCUUGCUAAGUGCUUUUAGAAAUCAAAAUGGUAUGUACUUUCUCAGAAAGUUGGUGCAGAUUUCAGAUCUGUUCUACAUAUGAUAUUCCAUUUUCAAAUCCUGCAAGUGGUUUUCCCCUUUUGAAAUGGAUUUUAUGCAUUUUGUUUCUGUGAUAAAGGAAAAUCUAAAUUUAACUUUGUUUUUAUCAUUCUGUUGUGGUAAAUUAGCUCUGUGUUUACCCGUCGAAUGGCUAUUCCACGAACACCAACUGUCAAACGUAAUUUUUAUUGAACAGGCAAAUCAUUGUAAGGAAAUUCAUUGAAGUGUAAUAGUUGGCAGGAAAAUCUAAAUUUAACUUUGUUUUUAUCAUUCUGUUGUGGUAAAUUAGGUUUGUGUUUACCCGUCGAAUGGCUAUUCCACAAACACCAACUGUCAAACGUAAUUUUUAUCGAACAGGCAAAUCAUUGUAAGGAAAUUCAUUGAAGUGUAAUAGUUGGCCAACAACAAAGAAGUACAGCAGUAAAUAAUGUAAACUAAACACACCUUUUUAUAAAUUUGCCCUUUUCUC